GAGCUUUUCAAAAAACCCUUUUUUGCUUCAAUAGAAUCAAUCAAUCUUCGAUGUAAGAAGAAUUUGAAGGUCACAAUUUUCUCUUUAUCCUUUUUAUAAUAAUAUUCUUUUAGUUCGGAUCACAUGAAAUACGCUGAUUCCUUCCCAACAAAAGAAACAAUUGAUUUAUAAGUGUUGUUCAUAUUAAUACAGACUGGGUUUCUCUUUCUCUCUGGGUUUCUCUCAGUGACCCUCUUUGUCUCUUUGUAACAGAACAUCAAAUAAGGAGGAAGAUAUUAAAAAAUUGGUAAUGGCGAUGAUCAUGGGUACGGAGAAGGUAGAAGAUGGACCUACUGCUUGAAUUUUGGCGGGCAGAAACGGUCUCUUUCAAUGAUUUUUAUGUCCAUUGUGGGUUCCCCAGUUUCCUCUCACCACUGACCCAUCUAAUCAAUCUUUGCAACUUGCUACUACUAUCCAUCCAUCCAUGAGAGAGAAAUUUUUUGUGAUUCAAAGUUUUGAUUUUUAGCUACCAAUCUAUGAGUGAGUGACUGAGAAACAGAGAAGGAUUCCAAGCUGCUAAAGAUUUUUUGUCAAGAUUUUUAAUUUAAGUUUCCUGGAGGAGGAGAUCACAGAUCUUCUUUUCAUAUGAAGAGAUCUUUCCUUCUCUUGUAUGUGCUCCUGGUACAGGCCUUCUAUGGGGCUUGGUGUAGUGUUGGAGAAAGCCUGCAUUGUGAAUAUUCCAAUUUAGCGAGUCUUCACCGGCCUCACAGCGUAUCGAUUACAGAGUUUGGAGCGGUUGGAGAUGGUGUGACUCUAAACACUAAAGCCUUUCAGAAUGCUCUGUUCUACCUCAAUUCUUUCUCUGAUAAAGGCGGGGCCAAGCUUUUUGUUCCCGCUGGUCAGUGGCUUACCGGGAGUUUCGACCUUAUCAGUCACCUCACCUUAUGGCUAGAUAAAGGUGCAACGAUUCUCGGGUCAACGAGCUCAGAGAAUUGGCCCGUGGUUGAUCCAUUACCAUCAUAUGGACGAGGAAGAGAAUUGCCCGGUAGAAGACACAGAAGUCUUAUAUAUGGUCAGAAUCUCACAGAUGUAGUCAUAACAGGCGAGAACGGGACAAUUGAUGGUCAAGGAACUGUAUGGUGGGAUUGGUUUAGAAAUGGAGAGCUUAACUAUACAAGACCUCAUCUUGUUGAGCUCAUGAACUCUACUGGUCUGAUCAUCUCCAACCUCACAUUCUUGAAUUCACCGUUUUGGAACAUUCAUCCUGUUUAUUGCAGAGAUGUUGUUGUAAAGAAUCUCACAAUUUUGGCUCCUCUUGAAUCUCCAAAUACAGAUGGAGUUGAUCCAGAUUCAUCAACUAAUGUUUGCAUAGAGGAUUGUUACAUAGUUACCGGGGAUGAUUUGGUAUCGAUAAAAAGCGGAUGGGAUGAGUAUGGAAUAUCCUACGCAAGACCGAGCUCCAAGAUCAAGAUUAAUCGGUUAACAGGUCAAACUACUUCAAGCUCAGGAAUAGCAAUAGGAAGUGAAAUGUCGGGAGGUGUAUCCGAAAUAUACAUUAAAGACUUACAUUUGUUCAAUUCGAAUACUGGAAUCAGAAUCAAGACUUCUGCUGGAAGAGGCGGGUAUGUUAGAAACGUUCACAUCUUGAACGUGAAGCUCGAUAAUGUAAAGAAAGCGAUUAGGUUCACCGGUAAGUACGGUGAACAUCCUGAUGAGAAAUACGAUCCCAAAGCACUCCCAGCUAUAGAGAAAAUCACCUUUGAGAAUGUAAAUGGCGAUGGAAUAGGUGUUGCGGGUCUUCUUGAAGGUAUAGAAGGAGAUGUGUUUAAGAAUAUAUGUUUCCUUAAUGUUACUCUUAGAGUGAAGAAGAAUUCGAAGAAAUCACCAUGGGAAUGCUCGAAUGUGAGAGGUUAUUCACAGUGGGUUUCGCCGGAAAUUACUUGUGAUUCUUUGAAAGAGAGUAUAUUCCCGGAACAUGGAUCUGAUUGUUUCGGGUUAUCGGAAAAUAAUAUGGAGAUAUCAAGUGGUUUAAGUAGAUCACCAUGGUUACUUUCUUGGUAAGUUACUGUGAAGUUUUGAACAUCAAAGGGGAAACACAGUUUGCUUGAUUCUGAAGAAACCUCUUCGAUUUUGAAAAAUGAUGCUUUCUUUCAUCUUUUGUUGUUUUCGUGUAAAUUUGUGUGCAGUGAGGAAAAUAAUCAGAGUGGCUUAAGAGUUUUUGUUUUUGUUUUCCUUGUAUGGGCUUUAAUGCUUUUGGUGAGCGGAACAAUUGUAAUAUCUCCGACAGAGUCUGUUGAAAUUUUUUGACAAUUAUUUUUCAAUUUCAGAUUCCAUAACUAGAACAACUAUAUUU